CUUUCGAAUCGAUAGUUUUGUAUGACGCAAAAAGGGAAAAAAUAAAAACAUUUUUCUAUCCAUUUUUCGUGAAAAUUUUACCCCAAAGCCUUAGUUCAACCACCGUCAAAAUUGUCUCCAGGCACCGACUGAAAGAAUUCUUCAGGAUGACUUUGGUAGGACUCGCAGCACGCAAACUAGCGCAAAAACAGAGGUCGGCAAAACUGGCCGCCGCCUUUCCGAAUGGCGUACGCUGCCAGAAAUGUCUUCAAAUGGGCCACUGGAGCUACGAGUGUAAGGAGAAACGCAAAUAUGUGCACCGUAGCUCACGCACAAAGCAGCUUAGCAAGCAUCUGGCAGAUAAAGAAGAUGACAUUGCCAACAAAACUGCUGCCGAGGCGGCAGCAGUCCAGCCAGUGGCAGCUUCGAGUAAGAAGGAGAAACGCAAGCGAAAGAAUAGCAACAGCUCCUCCUCCUCCAGUUCUGGGAGUUCUGGCAGCAGCUCAGGGUCAGACUCGUCUGGCUCGGACUCCAGCGAUUCCAGCUCCGAUUCGGAUGAAGACGGCAGUUCUUCGGGCGAGGAAUCGGGCUCGUCUAGUAGCUCCAGCUCCAGCUCAGACAGCGACAGCAGCGAUGAUGAGGUUUCCAAGAAAAAGAAACGGGUCGACAGCUCAGGAGAAUCUUCUGACGGUGGCACCCAAGACCCAGAAUAAUUGAAGGCCAACAACGGUUUUUAGCGCAUAGCUUUAGUAGUUUAGUUACUCUUUCGUUCUUUGGUAAUUGUAAUUUUACCCCUAUUUAAUUGUACACGUAUUUAAGUGCACGAAAGAUGUGUUUAUUUAAGUUCCGAAGUACAUAUGUACACGUAUGGUCUGUGUGAACUGGCAGAUUCAUCGCCAGGAAACAAGAACCACGAAUAAACAUUUUAGCUAUCGAAUCUCAA